AUGUCAUCAGCCAACAUCGAGAGCACCACAACAAAGCCAAUACAAUACGUAGUGCUCCCCAGAACCUUCAAUUUCCCACGCUUGACCGCAUGGUUGUGCUACAAUAAGUAUCCAUUCCGUCUAGAAGAUUUGUACGAAGCUUGCAAGGAGCACUGGGCUAAAGAAGAUACAUUUUUCACUCGGAGGGAUUUCGAUCGCGAGAUUCGCGAAGAGGUUGAAAAUGGCAAUAUGGAAGUCGUUUUAAGGGGAGCGGUUUAUCGGUUUACUGGAAAGGAGAUUGUGGGGAGGAAAGCGGUCAGUGUGAGAGACUUUGGUCAGGGCGAGUCUAGGGUAAAUGAACCUGCGGAAGAUGAGCCUAGAGAGGAUGAGGGUGAAGGGAAGGAUUCACAGGUUUGA